AUGGCAGAAUUUAAUGCAGAACUCGUUUCUUCAGCGCAAUCGAUUUACUUCUCGCGCCUUCGCAAAGGAGCAAGGACGUGGAACAAUCCGCAGAAGAUAUCAGAAGAUGUUGAUAGGAGCGAGCAAAACCCGGUAUUGUUCUUGAAUCCAGAGACCAGAGAACUUUGGGUACUGUUUACUGCGCAGCCUGCCGGGAACCAGGAUAAGGCGGUGGUUCGCUACCGCACCUCGAAAGAUGAAGGCCAGACUUGGUCGCAGACACAGAACCUCUUCGACGACGAAGGACUCUUCAUACGUCAACCCAUUGUCGUACUCAAAGACGGUACAUGGGUUCUUCCAGCGUGGUACUGUCGCACACCUCCCGGAUAUCGAUGGAUUGGUAACGACGACGUCUCAGUCAUCAAAUACACCCGGGAUUGCGGAACGACGUGGCAUGAGAAGGAAGUUCCCAAUAGUACUGGUUGUGUGCACAUGAAUAUCCGAGCAACCAAGGAUGGUUACGCCGCCUUGUUUCGGUCGAGAUGGGCCGACAACGUGUACGUUUCCACAUCCAAGGAUUGUUUAGACUGGAGCGAAUGCAAGCCUACACUCCUUCCGAACCCGAAUUCAGGAAUAUGCUUCGAUGUGCUCUCGGAUGGCCGAUGGAUGGUUGUGUACAACAAUUCUAGCUUCGAGCAAGGCCAAGCCAAGCGGGAAGGGCUGUAUGAUGAUAUCACACCCGAGGACGACAAACGCCAAAAUCAGCCCAAGCAAACGCGAGAGGCCAUAUGGGGUGUUCCACGGAAGCAGCUCACGGUUGGUGUAAGUAGUGAUGGUGGUAAGAGCUGGAAAUCGAAGCUGCUAGAAGAAGGCGACGGUUUCUGCAUGACGAACAAUAGCCGCACGAGGGAGAACAGGGAAUUGUCAUAUCCCAGCGUAUGGGUGGAUAGGGACGAGGCUGGGGAUAUCGCGAACGUCGCAUUCACGUUCUGGAGACAAAGAAUCAGGUUCUGCAGAUUUGAGGUUGGCUGGAUAGAAGGGUAG